GGGGCUCGUGAGGGAAUGACCCGCGACCACACGGGGGGCCCGGGGAUUGGCGGGCGCCGCACGCAGAUCUCCCCGGAUGGGGCGUGUGCGGCUGCCGGGGCCGCAUCGUGUGCACGCCAAAUUCUCCCGUCCUCUUCUCCCCCUCGACGCCAGCAGCUACCAGGCUACGCAGCUGCUGCUACCUUAUCCCCCCCGCUAGCCUCAUCUUGGCAGCUACUACUUACCCCGCCUGCUGCCCCGGGCGCUCCUCUGCUCCCGUUGGCUGCUUCUCCCCCUCGCUUCCACUCGCUUGCCGCUCCCUCCGAUCACCGGCUGCCCCGUGCUGAGCUUCUACUACGCAGGGCGAUGAACAUCUUGAACCAGCCCAUCAACCCGGGCGGUCACCCGGUGUUCCCGGCGGCCAAGGAGGGCGGCCACCUCACGCCGGCGUUGGUGCGCUUCGACGGCGUGCCGGCGCAGCCCAGCACGGCGGCCGCAGGGCGCUCCAACGCGCACUACCCGAGGUGGCAGGCGCAGACGCUGCGCCGGGCCAGCAGCUACGUCGGCGUCGAGCACGACGGGGCCACCGCGGCGGCCGUCCCGGCCGCAGGCCCGGCGCCCGCCCUGUUCAAGCCGCCCACGCUCGACUUCCUGCGGUCGCUCCUGGACAGGAACUGCAGCCUGAGCUCCGCCUUAGCGGGCGGUGAGGCCAGCGCCCCGCCGCCUUCGCCGCCGCAGGUGCUCGCGCUGCGGGUGGUCGUGACCUCCGCCGUGGAGUUGGACGCGCGCCAGACCGAGCUCAUCGCGCGCAAGAUGCGCCGGCUCACCGGGUUCGUCAACCUCACGGUCGAGAACGUCGUUGACCCGUCCCUGAUCGCCGGCUUCGUCAUCUGCUACGGCACCGACGACUCCCACGUCAUCGACCUCAGCGUCAAGGGCCAGCUCGCCGCGCUCAAGAACCGCGUCGACUCCAUCGACCAGACCACCCACGCCCACGGACACCCACACCACUGAUCGAUCCAACACCUGAUGCUCUGGAGAGCAAGGCGCGCCAUCGCUACACCAUGCUAUACACUACAAGCCUACCUGCUCUACCCUUAUGAUCUAAUGAUCAUGAGACUAUUUAUACAACCGAACGCCAUGCCAACAACAGUUUUCCGAUCUAAUGUUGUUGUAAAUCGCGAGAAACUAGCUACUGCCUCCCUGCUGAGCCUAUAUAUAUGUUUGUAUGCAAACACCAAAUGUUAUUGUAUAUGAUCAAUGCGGAAACAGCGGCUUCUACGGUGUUA